AUGCUGUCACGCUUUUGCCAAAAAAUUAAGCCACCGCGGUGCAGGUGGCUUACCCUGCCGGCAGGCAAUUUUCAGUACAUUCUGGAUGAUGUGGGUGAGACCUGCAAGCCAUAUAUGGGCCAGCCCCUAGCAGAAAUGAGCCCUAGUCGGAGAGGUUUCCUGCUGGAGCAGUUGGGUCAGAAGUUGCUCGAGCGAUCGCAGCCUUUUUGCAAACUGGAGGAUGCAGGCAGGGAUGCCCCCUGGGAUUUCACCAUUGAUGGCAAGAAGGCCGAAUUCAAAAGCGCGCAGCUGGCAUUCGAACAGGGUGGAAAUAAGUGGGGCGUGACGUUUAGAAAUGUGAAGUUUGCCCAUCCCGAGUACAGGGACACGGCGCUUUUUGAUGAGUUGUAUCUUAUGAUUUAUUCCCCUGCUGGCCUUCACUUGCUGCGGCAUGACUUGCAGACAAAGAUUUCCUCACAAGGGAUGCACACCGGUUGCUCAGGGCAUAAGAUACACGUUGCCGGACGAAGUGGAGAUGGUUGGAGCGCGGGGUUAAGAUGUGUUUUGGACAAGCUGACCCAGGAAGGAUCCUGCAAGUUGCUGACAAGCAUCAAGGCUUCAGAUCCAAUCUUGCGAGACCUGCUCACCUCGCAUCAGAUGAACCAUGCAGUUGCCUAUCAGAGUCUCGUGUACCAGGGUGUGCCUUUGAGCAACAUGAAUCCAUCGCUCCGUGGGCUUCGGGUGCAACGGAUCGCACAAUCGAUUGACCAGAUGGUUCAUCCAGGCUGCACAUUUCUCGAGCGUGCGGUUGGCAACCGGCCGGCUGAUUGGAUCAGAGAUGGCGUCCGCGUGGAAGUAAAGCAUGCUCAGAUGGUGCUCAGCUCGGACUCAAUCCGGUUUCGCUGCGUGUUUUCGUCCAUCAAGCCCAACUUGUUUGACGAGCUUUGGCUUGUGAUUUACAGCCCCGUGGGCCUCCACAUAUUCAAGCACCACGGGUCAUUUUGCCUGUCCAGCGCUGGAGCGCGCUCUGACGUUGCUGGAAGAAAUAUUUGGAUCGUAGGGCCGGCUAACCAGCGGUGCCCCAUCCAAGCACUUCAAGCUAUGAAGCAGAAGCUUCAGACGGGAGGGUGCGAGGGGAUAGCCGAGGUGCUGUGGUGA